CCGAGGCUGGAGGGCAGACGCGCCGAGGCUGGAGAGCAGACGCGCCGAGUCACGCUGGCAAGGGAGGGGCCUCGGGCCCGGCGGCGACCACGGGAGCUGCUGACAGGAGCGGGAGCCGGAACGGGAGCCGGAACGGCGGGAGGCCGCUGGCAGCAGCACCUGGUCCGAGAUGGGGUCCCAGGUCUCCAUGGACGUGGGAGCCGCGCAUGUGGUGAUCGUGGGCGGGGGCUUUGGCGGCAUCGCGGCCGCCAGCCAACUGCAGGUGCUGAACAUCCCCUUCGUGCUGGUGGACAUGAAGGACUCCUUCCACCACAACGUGGCAGCCCUCCGGGCCUCCGUGGAGAGUGGGUUUGCCAAAAAGACAUUCAUUUCCUACUUGGUGACCUUCAAGGAAAACUUCCGGCAGGGCCUGGUGGUUGAGAUAGACCUGAAGAAUCAGACGGUGCUGCUGGAGGACGGCGAGGCCCUGUCCUUCACAUAUCUCAUCCUGGCCACGGGCAGCACUGGGCUCUUCCCAGGCAAGUUUAACCAGGUGUCCAGCCAGCAGAUGGCCAUCCAGGCCUAUGAGGACAUGGUGACGCAGGUCCAGUGCGCACAGUCCAUCGUGGUGAUCGGAGGAGGCUCUGCGGGAGUGGAGAUGGCAGCAGAGAUUAAAACAGAAUACCCUGAGAAAGAGGUCACUCUCAUUCACUCCCGAAUGGCCCUCGCAGACAAGGAGCUCCUGCCCUGUGUCCGGCAGGAAGUGAAGGAGAUCCUGCUCCGGAAAGGCGUGCAGCUGCUGCUGAGUGAGCGGGUGAGCAACCUGGAGGCGCUGCCUCUCAACAAGCAUCGCGAGCACAUCACGGUGCAGACGGACAAAGGCACGGAGGUGGCCGCCAACCUGGUGAUCGCCUGCAGCGGUAUCAAGAUCAACAGUUCGGCCUACCGCAGCGCGUUUGGUGAUCAGCUGGCCAGCGACGGCGCUCUGAGAGUGAACGAGUACCUCCAGGUGGAGGGCUACAGCCACAUCUACGCCAUCGGUGACUGCGCCGAUGUGAGGGAGCCCAAGAUGGCCUAUCACGCCAGCCUCCACGCCAGUGUCGCCGUGGCCAACAUCGUCAACUCCAUGAAACAGAGGCCCCUCAAAGCCUACAAGCCAGUUCUAAAACAACAGGAAGAAAACACAUGGAAAGAAACCCCUGGUGGAGACCUGGUUAAUUACAGACUGAGGCUCUUUUUAACGAGAAUAUAAAAUGCAGAGGGCUCUUCCCGUGGGCAGGACCUGCUCCCGCAGCCUCUGCCACCCACUUCCCUUUCAGCUGCCCUCCGCUCCCCUGCCGUCACCCUUCCUCUCUCCUUUUAAAAGAUAAAACCCAGCUCCUGUGACUUUGAUCCUUCUGAUUCCGGAUGGUGAGCGCGGUGGCCACCAGUGGGCGCGGGGCGGCUACUUGGCAUCAAGCUUGGCCAUCUCCUGCACAUAGAUGCCGAUGCUCUCGCUGUCGAAGAGCAGGAAGUAGACGUUCUUCAGUGAGGAUGCGCUCGAGUCGUCGAAGUGGGCCGAGAUGGCUUUGAGGGUCACCUGGGCUGCCGUCUGUUUGGGGAAGCAGUUUCUGUGCCAAAGAAAGAGAAGAGCUGACAUCACUUUGGUCCUGGGACCCAUGGAGUAACUCUGCCCUCAGCCCGGGGUAGGGGCAAUGUGGUUCCUUCUCAUCUUGGCACCAGGUCCUUGUUCCUAUCUCUCGGGGUCUCACCGUGUGCAGGCUGGUCCACGCAUGAUCCCCUUUCACCUCAGAAGAGGGACAGCCCAGGAGGGGGACAGACAGGGCACACUGUCCCCACUUCACAUAUGCCACACUGGCUCAGAGUGGCACAAUGGUUUUAGGGCUGGCUGGUGAGCAGUGGCCUGUGUUUGAAUCUAUGUGGCCUGACUCAAGUCCAGCUGAGCUUUAAAAACUACCAACUCAACUAACACAACAUUGUUAAUCAACUAUACUCCAAUAUAAAAUAAAAGUUAAAAACAAACAAACAAAAAACCCCUACCAACUCAGCAUUUUAAAAAGCCAAUAUAGGGCUUCCCUGGUUGCGCAGUGGUUGAGAGUCCGCCUGCCGAUGCAGGGGACACGGGUUUGUGCCCCAGUCUGGGAAGAUCCCACAUGCCGCGGAGCGGCUGGGCCCGUGAGCCAUGGCCGCUGAGCCUGCGCGUCCGGAGCCUGUGCUCCGCAAUGGGAGAGGCCACAGCAGUGAGAGGCCCGCGUACCGCAAAAAGGAAGGAAAAAGAAAAAAAAAGCCAAUAUAGGGAAUUCGCUGGCGUUCCAGUGGUUAGGACUGCAUACUUUCAGUGCCGAGGGCGUGGGUUCAAUCCCUGGUCAGGGAACUAAGAUCCCAUAAGCCUCGCAGCACGGCAAAAAAAAAAAAAAGGCAAUAUAGGUUUUAUUAGUUCCCUCAAAACUGGUUUACAUGCUGAACAGAUUGUUUAUUAAAGGGCAAUAAUGUAUGCUCAAAAGUAAAUCUUCAUUAAUUCCUGUUUCAUGCAUUUCGUGUUCCUCUCGCUAACCUGUGUGGACGUGCCAAUGUAAUUUGAGCAGUGACGAUUCUGAGCAGGGCCCCAAAAGCCCCAGAAUGCCAUGGUGGAGCUGUGCGCCAGGGACGCAGCCAUUGUGACACCCCUGAUCAUUUGGGGUCAGCCACCAAGCCCCUUGGGCGGGUCCAGGAUUGGCCCGCCUAAUAAGAAUUCUUCUCACUCGGCUGCCCCGUCCCAAGCCCAGAACAUCUCGGCACGUGGGCCCAGCUAUGCAAAGAAUUCAACCCGCAGUGCCUCCAGGCCAGGCUGUGGAGACCCAGCGCUGCCUGCUCAGGUUGAGAUAGGAUUACGGCAGGAAGCUAGGCCUCAUUCCUUCCUUCUUCGCCUUCCUGUGACUCGGCUGUAACAGAAUGUCUUCAGAGUGCAAAUCAUAUCUGCGCUACAGAGGGGCUUCUCAGGAGAAAGGGUGUUCAAAAUUAAAGCAAUAACUCACACUGGCUGUGAGCGUGAGGGGAGAGGCCCUGCUACACGUGAGGGCAGACAGCCUCAUUAUUUACCUGAAAUACUGCUCCCAUGCCCAGUCGGGGUCUGUGGCAAUUAGAGCAAUCAUUUCUCCAACCCCUAAAAGCAAGCCCUUGCUGAGAGCCUUUCACUUCUCCAGCCUCAGCCUCGAGGCUCUCCCAGCCCCAGAGCAGCACCGGAAUCCCCUGGGGAUUCUGCGAUUGGCAUCCUAACCCCGUGGGCUCUCCGCUGCUGGUCUGUGGACCACACUUGGAGGAGCAAGUGCCUUUGAGCCUGGUGUUUCGGAUCCAGUGCUCUAGACUGGGAUAGCUGGCAGGAACGUGGCUCUCAGAAGGCUCUCAGAAGAGAACUCUGCCUCCUGCUCCUCCCAGAAUGGGCUUUAUCCCUGCAUUUUUUUUUUUUUAAUUUUUUUUUUAUUGCAGUACACGGGCCUCUCACUGUUGUGGCCUCUCCCGUUGCGGAGCACAGGCUCCGGACGCACAGGCUCAGCGGCCAUGGCUCACGGGCCCAGCCACUCCGCGGCAUGUGGGAUCUUCCCGGACCGGGGCCCGAACCCAUGUCUCCUGCAUCGGCAGGCGGACUCUCAACCACUGCGCCACCAGGGAAGCCCUCUCCCUGCAUUUUGAAGGAUGGAAACUGCGUCUCUUGCUCUAUCGCCUGGUCAACGUGCUUGGCUGUGCUGGCAGCCCUUGGUCACGUCCUCUGGGAUGGCCAGACUGGAUGUGACCAAGUCAGGGAGCAGCUGGUCCCCACCGAGAAGGCUGGACAAGCGGACCCAGCACCCUUGCCACACCCCUGGAGGAGAACAUCUUACCUGCCGCUGGGGAAGGGCGGGAACGCCACCGACUUCAGCUUCUUGUCCUCUGCUGCCGACAGGCAGUUUUUGAUGGUCUCUUCAAGCUGUUCUUCACAUUUGUCGGAGCCCCACUGAGGGAUGUGACAGUGGAUGACGAAUUUGGCUGCAAGUCCGCUGGACUGGCUGACGGCGGCUGGGACACGACAGAGAAAUGCCACAGGUUAUUUCCUACGUCUUCACCUUAAGCCAGGGGGUUAGGCUCAAUUGCCUGUGUCCCUCUUAGGAGAGUAGGAGCCGUAUCAGAAUUGCUUUUGACAGUUGGCACAAGCUUUGGGUAAACACACUGAAAGCUGAUGUGACAGCAUGUCACACACUCUCACAUGGUCUGCCUCCUGGUUAGGUGACUCCUAAUCAAAGGUACACAGUGGAAUCGUCUCUGAUCCCUGGAAAUUGUGAAUGUUUCCUUACAUGGCAAAAGGGUCUUUGCUGGUGUGAUUAAGUGAAGGAUUGUGAGAUGAGAAGUUUACCCUGGACUCUCCAGUUGAGCCCUAAGUGUAAUCACACAGGUUCUAAUAAGAGGGAGGCAGGGAAGUCAAAGGUAGGAGAAGGUGCUGUGAUGAAGGAACAGGAGUUGGAGUGAUGCAUCCAGGAGCCAAGGAAUGCAGGAGCCUAGAAGCCGGAACAGGCAAGGGACGGCUGCUCUAAGAAGGAACCAGCCCUGCCAGCACCUCGAUUUUGGCUUCUUAAGACUCAUUGUGGGGAAUUCCCUAGCGGUCCAGUGGUUAGGACUGUGCCGAGGGCGUGGGUUCAAUCCCUGGUCGGGGAACUAAGGUCCUGCAAGCUGCGCAGCAUGGCCAAAACAAACAGACGAGAAAACUGCCUAAAAAAAUAAAGGUUAUAAAAAAAAAAAGACUCAUUGUGGACUUCUGACUCCAGAACGCUAACACAGUACACUUGUGUUGUUUGUUGCUACCAAGUUUGUGCUAAUUUGUUAGAGCAGCGAUUGGAAACCAAUGCAACGGCUUUUUAAAAAUGGACAAGCCCUCCCUUCUUGCCCCGUCUGAGAUCCUGACUUGGUAGGUCUGAUGCAGGCCUUGCGCUUGGUGAUUUGAGGACCCUCCAUAAAUUUAGAACCGAUCUACUGGGUUGUACGCAUCCUCAGACAGGGACUGCCCUUUCGAUCAUCUCUACAUACCUGAGGAGCCUACAGGGAGCAAGUGUUCACAGCGGGUUGUGAAAUUGGAUUAUGCCUGCCUUGUCUCAUAAUUUCAGUUCAUACUCCCUACUUUUAUUUUUCACCCCACCCCCAAACCUAUUUCCCAUCAGUGACAGAGCUGAUAACGAGGAACACCCGGGAAGUCCCUGUGGCCGUUGAUCCCUGGAGAGGGGGCUGGGCCUGAUCCACUGGCCACUCUGACCCCACAUGCUGCUUGCCCCUAAGCUGCCCACCUUGUGGAGCUGGGGCUCUGUGCCAUUCAAGGAGCCGGGUGUAGCAAAGGUCCCCAACCCUCCCGCAGUGGCCAGGCUCUGGGAGCCUGGGGGAGUUCAGGCAGGCUGUGGCCGCUACGGGCUGUGUUUGUAACAAAUGUACGUGUGUCUGUUUUAGGGCAGUGUGUGGGGUUGGUUUGAAAGACUUAUUUGAAAUAUAUGAUGCCCGCCCAGCAUGUGAGCCGUGUUUCCUAGUGACGCCCACAGUGCUGGAGAGGCUGUGACUGCACAUGCCAGGGCUGGUGGAGACAGAUGCAAGGGGCGUCCCCCGCCUGUCAGCUACGGCUGUGAACGCCUCGCCUUCCCAGUGCCCAGCUGGCGCCAACCAUCUGAUUAGUGAAUGAGUGAGUGAAGGAAUCAGUCAAUAUAAAUACUGAGGAGGCAGUGGGUAUGACUGGUUGACUCUAUGACCUUGUACAUUUGCACACCAGAAACGGAACGUCCCUGUCGGCCUUGUAGUCCAAGGGAACCCAGUACCCUGGGGAUGGGCCCUUCCUGCUUGCGGCAAAUUCCCUGAGGCCCUUACUGCUCUCAUGUGCUGGAGAGAUUCCAGCUCUUUACACACCGGGUAAUGAUCAUGUUACCAGCUGAAUGGUAUUCUUUUUUUUUUUUUUUAAUAUUUAUUUGUUUAUUUGGCUGUGCCGGGUCUUAGUUGUGGCACGUGGGAUCUAGUUCCCUGACCAGGGAUCGAACCCGGAACCUAUGCAUUGGGAGUGUGGAGUCCUACCUACUGGACCACCAGGGAAGCCCUUGAAUGGUAUUCUUUUUAAUGUUAAAGUCAGUUUAUUUUUUUAAAUAAAUUUAUUUAUUUUA